AUGGUCCAGCAUGACAAAAAGCUCCAUAUAGGAUGCAACCUCUGUAAGAUUCUCAUCACAGCAUCGAGCAAAGCAGCAAUUACCAUUGAAGACGAUUCUAGUAACUCAAAUGGCAUCAAUGACAUCCGCCACCCAACAGUGGAAGGGCAGAAAUGUCGACGGUUUGGAGGGCAAUAUCAGGAGGCAGUUCGAGGCCGUGGAGUUGAUGUCAAGGCCGGAUUGUUGGUCUCUGUAUACAGAUUUAUGGAUGACAGUGGCAUCAUUUGGGAUGGUAAUUAUGGUGGAUUUUAUGCCCUGGAAUGA